AUGUCAGUAUACUCUCCACAGUUGUGCUCCGACCAUCAUUGUCACUCCAAACUGUCCCAUUUGCUUUUUCGAGGUGUCCACUCUCUCUCUCAUUUUCUCUACCAGUGCCCACAGAAAUGGACAGUAUGGGAAAAUGCAUGGAUUAAAUACUUUGGACUAUCCCCGUUGACAUUUGAUAUCCAUCGCACACUAUUCUCUCUGAAAGUCCCUGGCCAUUCACUACCUGUCUUUCAUGUCCAGCUAUGUCAAAUAAUUAGCAGCAGCAUCCUGGCCCUGUGGGGCACUCACUGGAGCUUUAUCUUCAACAACAGGCCUUUUCAGACCUCUUCGAUUAACUCUAAAAUAGACACCCUUGUUUCGCACUUUUCCUCUGAAUUAGACUUAACAUAG